AUGUCUCGGGACGUGGAGGCCUAUGUCCGCGUGUGCGCCACCUGCGCCGCGCCCCCGCCGCGAGCCCGCGCGCCCGCACCCCGUGCCCGACAGGCCUUGGCUCAAGCUAGCUUCAGACAUCUUCGAAGCAAUUUGGAAGACACGGAAUCGGGAAUACCAAUUGAGUUGGUUACAGACAACGGACCGGCCUAUAGCUCGGCCGAGUUCAAAAAUUUUUUAGAGUCUUGGGAAGUUCGACAUACUGCUUCUUCUACACACUACCCGCAAUCGAACGGAAAAAGUGAACGUGCUGUGCAGUCAGUUAAAAAUAUAUUGAAAAAGGUCAUUGCGAAAUCCUCAGAGCCUAGGUCAUACAUAGUGGAGGACGCCGUUGGGCGCUGCUACAGACGCAACAGGCGACACCUGGUGGGGCGGGAGCGUCCGGCGCCGGCGCAGCCCGAGCCCGCCGUCAGCUGUUCCGCACAACAGCUGAUCACUGAUAAGGGAGCGUUGCCCUCUGCGAGCGCCUCCGACACACCGACGUCCAUUGUUACCGGUCCCGUAACUAGGUCAAAGACUCGAACUCGCGCUGGCUUAGGAUUUGAUUUAAAUAAUUUGUUUUGA